AGUUAUAACAACAACCAUCCCAACCACAACAUCUCCUCCACGAACCUAUGAAAUAGAUUUGGUUUUGGAAUUACGCAUCCCCCUCUCAAGCUACACAUCAAAUCUAUUGGAUGUGUUUAGGGAGCAUCUGAGCAAUGAAACCUUCCUGGAACCAUUCUCAAACAUGUUACAGAUUAUAGAGUUGAACUUGACCACAGUCUGUUAUCCAAACUCCAGCCAUGGACUACAGUGUCAAUGUGAGAGUGGCUUUGCGUGGCCAUGUGAGAUGUGCAACAUCAACACUUCAUGCAGCAGUCAAAUCUGUACAUGCAUAUAUGGACUUCCUUCCAACAAUGACUUCUGUCAGCCAAUCACAAUUAACUCUACAUGUCCAACAGUUCCUCCAGAUAUAACAACAACCAUCCCAACCCCAACAUCUCCUCCACAAAUCUACGAAAUAGAUUUGGUUUUGGAAUUACGCAUCCCCCUCUCAAGCUACACAUCAAAUCUAUUGGGAUUGUUUAGGGAGCAUCUGAGCAAUGAAACCUUCCUGGAACCAUUCUCAAACAUGUUACAGAUUAUAGAGUUGAACUUGACCACAGUCUGUUAUCCAAACUCCAGCCAUGGACUACAGUGUCAAUGUGAGAGUGGCUUUGCUUGGCCGUGUGAGAUGUGCAACAUCAACACUUCAUGCAGCAGUCAAAUCUGUACAUGCAUAUAUGGACUUCCUUCCAUCAAUGACUUCUGUCAGCCAAUCACAAAUUAUUCCAUUUGCCCAACACCUACUCCAGUAACUACAACAACAACACCUAUGCCAACGACGACACCUCCAACAACCUAUGAACCAUUAUUCUUUGAUGUUGACAUUGUCUUGAGCAUCCCAGCUGCUACUGUGCCAUUAAAUAUCUCUGAGUCAUUCCGAGGUGCUCUCCAAACAAUAAACUACCCAAUACCCAUUUCACGGAUAAAUGUUCUGCAAGUAAACUUGACUACAGUCUGCAUUCCAAACUCCUAUGAUGAACUGCAGUGUGAAUGUGAGGGUGGUUAUGCUUUGCCAUGUGACAUGUGCAACAGCAACAACUCAUGCAGUAACACCAGCAGUUCAACCUGUACAUGCAUAAAUGGACUUCCUCCCAAUGAUGAGUUUUGCCAACCAGAAACUAAUAACUCUAUAUGCCCAACACCUACUCUAGGUAUGUAAAAGAUAAACAAUUAGUUGAG